CAAGUUAAAAAAAAAAGAAAUGGGUAAAGACAAGCAUCACGAACAAGACAAAGGAUUCUUCUCACAUCAUAAUCAUCACGGCCAUGGUUAUCCACCGGGAGCUUAUCCUCCUCCGCCACCGGGAGCUUAUCCUCCGCCGCCACCGGGAGCUUAUCCUCCGCCGCAUGGUUAUCCUCCGCAAGGUUAUCCUCCGCCACCUCACGGUUAUCCACCUGCCGCUUAUCCACCUCCUCCCGGCGCUUAUCCUCCCGCCGGUUACCCCGGACCCUCUGGUCCUCACCGUCCAGGUCUUGGAGGAGGAGUCGGUGGGCUAAUAGCAGGAGCGGCUACAGCAGCUGCAGCUGCAAUGGGAAGUCACCAUCACGGUGGUUACGGCCACCAUCACGGUGGUAAGUAUAAAAGAGGGUUUUUCGGUGGAGGAAAGUACAAGCGAGGCAAGCACAGUAUGUUUGGAGGGAAGUAUAAGCGUGGCAAGCACGGCAUGUUCGGAGGCAAACGAGGCAAGCAUGGCAUGUUCGGACGAAGAAAGUGGAAAUGAUCAAUAUGAUAAUUGGUCUUCUAUAAUAUCUCUAUAUAUUAUCGUAUUUAAUAACUUAACAUAAGCUUAUGUAUGUGUAAUGUGUGCAUGUUUAUAUUA